ACAAAAUACUAAUCCACACUCUGUGCAAUCUUUACUCAAAGCUAGUUUCAAGAGCCAAGCAAACACGAUGUCUCUGAUUCCAAGCAUUUUCGGUGGCCGCCGAAGCAACAUCUUCGACCCAUUUGAUGGGUUUCCGUUCUCAAACUCAAUGGGCAUUGCCCCUUCCUUCGCCGGCGAAGUCUCUGCUUUUGGCAUCGACUGGAAGGAGACCCCACAAGCCCACGUCUUCACCGCGGAUCUCCCAGGGAACAAAAAGGAAGAACUCAAAGUUGAGGUUGAAGAGGGCAGAGUUCUGCACAUCACUGGGGAGAGAAGCAGACAGCAUGAGGAGAAGAACGACAAAUGGCACAGAAUCGAGCGGAGCAGUGGAAAAUUCAUGAGGAGAUUCAGGCUGCCGGAGAAUGCCAAAGUUGAGGAGGUGAAGGCCGGCAUAGAGAAUGGAGUUCUGACUGUGACAGUGCCCAAAAUGGAAGAGAAGAAACCAGAAAUCAAGUCCAUUGACAUUUCUGGUUAGACAGAAUCUUGUUGGUGCAUCUGAUGCUGUCUCUGCCCAUGUUUGGAUCAGUUGUUAAUGUGUCAAUGAAUGGUGUUGAAUAAAUGGUGUCUCUGAAAAUAGAUUUUGUUUUGUUGGUGUCUUCUUCAGUAUGUCUGUAACUUCGAAAGCAUGAAAAGAUGUUUGGGUUGUGCGUGAUGUCAUAUGAUGUGAAAUGAAUACCAUCUAAGUUGAGUUUUCA